AUGAUUGCUAAUGGUCAUAGCAUGGGCGGAUUAUGUAUAGGGCCAGGAGGGGCUUUGGCCCCCUGUUCCUCCCCCAUCGUCGCUAGUCGCUACCUCCUUACCUUGCUCAAUCGCUGCUCGUUGGUCUCACCAUUUACCACCACAAUAGCUGUCACCGAAAAUCAGGUGGGGACAAUGGCUGGAGGAGCUGCAGAUUGUCAGUUUUGGCACAGAAAUUUAGGCAUUAAGGGCUCUGUUCAAUCUAAAAGAAGCCUUCUGCUUGAACUGCAACAAAGAUCCACAAAAUUUGAUUCUAUAAUUGAAAAGCAUCAGAAUAUUAGGUUUGCACUGGUUGAAAGGAUGCCAGUUCUUGAUGAAGCAAAUUUCAGUAGAAGGAGGAAUGGUUCUACUUCUAUUCCUUCAACUUCAAUGGGAAGUAGUGUUCCUAAUGGAGUUAUUAAAACAACUGCUGCUCCUUUAGUAGACUUGCUUGAUUUAGGAGGAGGAGAAGAACCUCCUCCACCAAAUACAAAUAGCAUGAUGACAGGUGACAACUUUCUUCAAGAUCUUCUUGAUGUUGGAAUGUCCCCAUCUUCAUCACAACCAGAGAUUCAACAACACAAAUUACAUCUCUUGAUUCCCUAUCAGAAAAGUAUAUUUGCUGUUGGCAUGAUUUGCUGUGAAGAAGAAGGGCGUUUAAAGGAAAAACCAAUCAUUCUUCAAAGCAGAGUUGAGCAUUCUGGAGGUCAACGUGUGUGCCUUGACUUACAGAAACUCGACCAGUUUUCCUUUUUCCCAGGCCAUGUGGCAGGCAUUGAAGGACAUAAUCCAAGUGGGCACAAUUUAAUUGCAACAAAUAUUGUUGAUUAUGUACCGUUAUCAGUCCCUGAUGAUGAAAAUAUUCCUCAAAAGAAGAGACAAGCUAUGGAUGAAAAUAACAAGCCUGCUGAUUUAUCUGAUAUAACAUCAGAUCUAUCAUUAGUGUGUAAAGCUUGUUCUUCAAUUUACUAA